GAAAAAUUACAAAAGAAUGAUGGACGAUUUACAUCAACAACUACAUCAAAAUUACAACCCAAACGGCUCACCAACCACUUCAACUACGCAUCGUCGUCAGAAUUCGUCGUCCGGAUUGGAGCCAGCUCGUAAACGACCAAAACUUUCUCCGCCUGUCUUGACAGCAAUGCCAUUGGAUUUGACCGAUGCAGUUUCACCUAACGAAUCCCAAGCAUGUACAUCAAGUCUCAAGGGUGUCGUCACGGCUGCUGGAGCUGCUCAAAUGUCCGUUGCAGAUCGUAUGACGUCAUCAUCGGUGGCACCUCCUCUCUGCAUUGUACCCAGAUCUGUCGAAUUCAUUAACCCGAAAACAGAAGAUAUGAGUAUGGAUAUACCAAUGGGAAAUGUGCAAAGCGAGUUCACCGGACUGAAGUGCCGAGUAUGCGGGGAUUCCAGAGCCGGUCGUCACUACGGAACAAUCGCAUGUAAUGGUUGUAAAGGAUUCUUCAGAAGAAGUAUCUGGGAGCAACGUGACUACGUAUGUCGGUUUGGUGGAAAGUGUCUUGUUGUUCAAGAAUACCGUAACCGUUGUCGUGCAUGUCGGCUACGAAAAUGUUUCACUGUCGGAAUGGAUGCAAGAGCCGUACAAUCAGAACGAGAUAAGCAUAAGAAAAAUCCGAAGGAUUCGAAUAAUGAAGGAAGCACUUCGCCUCAAUAUCCAACUGCAUCUACUCCGAUCUCAAUUCCAUCUACUUCAACUUCUCAAACACCAACAAGCUCGGUCAACUCUUACAAUUUUCAAAAUAUACCCGGAAUCGUUAGUCGAUCAUUUUCGGAAAAUCUGAUUAUGAGGGACAAUUCUGUACCCGUAAUGGAAACAUCACAAUCGGCGGCACUAUCACAUGUUCCAUUGGUUAGAUAUUUGAUAGAUUUGGAAAAGGCAACUGACAAUUUAAUUGAUGAAAAUUGCGACUUUAUGAGCAUGGAAUUCGAUCAAUUGUGCAGAGUUGAUGUGACAAUUGAAGCCGCUUUUCGACAACCUGGAGUUGUUGCAAAAAGGACACCGCCCCGCUGGCUAGCACUGGAACGUUUAACAACACUAGAAGAUGUACAUAUUGCUUGGUGCCGAUCGUUUGUGCUAUGCAUAGACUAUGCAAAAAUCAUGAAGGACUAUCAAGAAUUAUCACCCACUGAUCAAUUCACAUUGCUCCGAAAUCGAGUUAUUUCAGUUAAUUGGUUGUGCCAUACUUAUAAGACAUUCAAAGCUGGAUGUGAUGGUGUUGCUCUAGUAAAUGGAAGUUGGUAUCCAAGAGAUAAAGAACUACAAAAACAAUUGGAUCCAGGAUGCAAUCACUAUUUCCGAAUUUUAAGUGAACAUUUGAUGGAAGAUUUAGUGAUUCCAAUGAGGGAAAUGGAUAUGGAUGAAGGAGAAUUUGUCAUACUCAAAGCAUUAAUUUUAUUCAGAGCUCACCGUCGCCUCUCAGAAGAAGGUCGUGCACACAUUAAAAGAGUUCGUGACAAAUACAUUGAAGCUUUGUAUCAACAUGUUCAACACCAACAUCGUCAUUUCUCGUCUGUACAGACAUCAAUGAGAAUCAGCAAAAUUUUAUUGUUACUUCCUAGCAUAGAGCAUCUCUCCCAACAAGAAGAUGACAACGUUCAAUUUCUGGCACUUUUUAAUUUGGCAAAUCUCAAUGGAUUACCCUAUGAGUUACAUUCCUCUAUCAAGCAACAUAUCCCAAACGGUGAUGAUAGUGAUGACACACAGGUAAACGAAGUAACCUCAAAUAACGACGGCCCACGAAGCAGUGAAAGCAGUCAUACACCACAAUCAGUUUCCACAUCUCAGUUUUUAGAAUUCAAGCCAUCAUUGCACUAGUCGUCUAGCUUUUUCUACUUAUCAAUGCAUAAUCUCGUCGUAUUCUCGUUGUACUUAAAUUAUAAAUUUUCCGCUGACAUUCUCUGCGAUUUCUAUCAAAUACCAAUGUGAUAAGUGCUACAGUAUUCAGGGACAUUUCUUCACGAUUCGCUCUCCAAUUCUCACACAUCCCAACGAUGUUUUUCUUUUGCCAAUUUCCAGUUUUUAUUGUGAUUAUUAGCAUCAUCCUAUUUUUUCUCAUUAUUCUCUCAUUUUGCUUAUCAGUGUGAUCUGUUUAUAUUAUGUAUGUUUAUAUGACACAUGAAACAUUUCAUUUC